GAAACCACACUGUCUAGUAUACGGAUUUCACGUGUCAAAAAGAUGGGAGUAUGUUGCAUAGUCCAGUGGGCCUAUCCAGAGAGUUUGAAUACUAGCCAAGCGUUGGAGACCCUCCAGAGAAGGAUAGAGUUACUGGGAGCUACUAGUCUUGGGAAUUGGUCUGUGGAUUGUGAAGUACUACAAUCAGCCACGCCUAUAUCUGGCUCACAGAAUAAAUUCAUCUACUUUAUACACAGUACGGAAUAUCCCAGGACCACAUUCACAGUUGUCGAUCCGCCAUACCUCUGUCUAGUGGCCGAUAACACAUUAGAUACCAUUUUCACUCAUUUAAAACAAAGCUAUGUACCACGGAAGCAGCUGAAAGUGGAGGCCAAGGGACUGAGGUAUGAGGUGAGAGGUAAGUAUAUCGUCAAGUUUGGAUCGGUCACUUUCAGUAACACAAGCAAAUCAAUCAUUGUUGAAACAGAAGAUAUAGAGGAAAACACAGUGAGCACUGCUUGGGAUCAACUGGUAGAACUAACCAAAUCACUGCUACACACGUCAGUUAACAUAUCCACACCAGAACACGUACAGAAAGCGCUAGAUGGUCGAUAUGCACCUGCAGACAGCAUGGUGCAAUACGCUCAGAUAUUCCAACAGAUAAGGAAGGCAGGGAGUACCAAAUAAAGACAUAACAAACAACUUCAAUAAAUAAUUAAUAACAAUGUAAUAUGUUUUUGGAUUACAAAUCAGUUUAAUAAUA